AUGAAGAUUACCUCACUCGGAGUUGCAACUCUUCUUGUUGCCCGGGGUGCCGCCCAAGCCCUAUAUGCGGCAUCCUAUGCAGGUUCGGUCUACUCGCUUUCCCUUGGCAGAUCAAACGGAACACUUGAACUGUCUACAAGUUCCCAGUCCAAGGAAUGUGGAACAAGUCCUUCUUGGCUCAUGUUGGAUGGUACCAACAACAUCCUGUACUGUCUCAACGAAGCUAUUGGGGCAUCUAACGGUAGCAUCACAUCUUUCAACACUCAUGGUAAUGGGUCGCUUGAUGUCGUCAAUACCUUGACUGUCCCCGCUGGCCCCGUGAUGUCUGCCAUGUACUCUGUACCUGGGGUUCAUGGCCAUGAAUUUUUUGCGGUUGCCCACUACGAGACAUCGACUGUCACAACAUACUCCGUAGACCCAACCCGAGGUCACUUCCAACUCCUACAAACCUUCACAUACGACAUGUCAGCUCCUGGCCCAAACGCUUCUCGCCAAGAUUCGCCACAUCCCCAUGGAGUGACGGUGGACCCCACUGGACGAUUCGUCCUGGUGCCUGACCUGGGAGCCGAUCUAGUGCGUAUCUUCCACAUUAACCAAGUCACUGGUUAUCUCGAGCCAAUAGAUCCAUAUGUUGCAGCUCCUGGGUCGGGACCUAGACAUGGGACUUUUUGGACUCCCAAGGGAUCCCGUGGCGCAGAUCAAAAUGUCUAUUUCUAUCUGGUGCACGAGCUGAGCAACCUCUUGAAUGGCUUCCGUGUUUCUUAUUCGGAGCGGGGAAUCCAUUUCUCCAAAUUCUUCGAGGAGAGCUCGUUUGGAAAUAGAACUGCUCCAAACGGUUCUAAGGUUGCCGAAAUUGCAAUCUCGCCUGAGAAUAAUCACAUUCUUGUUAGCAAUCGACUUGACAAUACCUUCGGCCCGAAUAAUGACUCCCUAGCCGUGUUCUCAUGUGCCGAUGCCAGCGGCAGGUUCGCUAGUGAGCCUCGUUUCCUCGGAUUAUACCCAGCAUACGGAUCUUCUGUUCGGGGCUUUGAUAUUAGUGGUCAUCUGGGGUUGGUUGCUCUUGCUCUGGAGAAGAGCCAAAGAGUGGCUGUUGCGCAGUGGAACAAAGCUACGGGACGCCCUGGGAAGCUCCUGGCAGAGGCACAGUUUUAUGGGAACAUUCCUGCCGUCGCGUGGGCGCUUUAA